AUUCUUCAUGUGAACUCACAACCUUCAAUUAUCUAGAUAAGAAUUCUUGCAAUAAAAGUGUAAUGCAACUGUUUGGUCUCAUAACAGCCAUAACCUAUAAAUAGAGACAUGCAGUUCGAACUGUCGAAGCAACAAAAAAUCUAAAAACUUAUAGCACAAAAGAAAAUUUGUAUCUGAGAAUCCACUUUUGGCUCAGACGUGCCAAAAGACAACAAUAACAGAAAUAAUAUAUUUCCUUAUUGUGGACUUGCUGAAACAAGGGGGCUUUAAAAUGUGUGGUAUAUUCUGUGUAUUUUCGGAAACAUCUAAUUUGAAUGUUACUGAAAAAUUUUCUAAAAUAUUCCAAGAGUUCAGUCUGAAUAUAUCAAGAAGGGGACCAAACCACAGUAAAAUCGAAAUAUGCCACAAUGAAGAUACAAUUUUUCUAUUUGCUUCAAGUGUUUUAUGGCUUCAAGGCAACAAACUUACGAAGCAACCCAUAAUUGAAAAUGAUCAUAUCCUACUUUAUAAUGGAGAUAUAUUCAAUGAUGAAAAUGAGAAUCAAAGGAAUGCCUAUGGUGAUACAAAAUUAUUUUUAGACUACUUCAAAUCUGAUCAAUCGUUAUGUUCAUUAUUCAAUACAAAUGGCCCCUUUUCAUUUAUUUGUUUGGACAAAACGAAGUCCAUUCUUCAUAUAGGAAGAGAUAAAUAUGGAAGAAGAAGUCUCUUGCUGGGGAAAUCAAAUGAAGGGGAAAUAAUUGUCACCAGUGUGGCUAAAAGAACAUCUAGUUAUAAAUUUAUAGAGCUUCCAUCCUUAGGAAUACUUUCAUUCAAUUUUAAAACACAAAUUGUUACUCUGAAACCGUGGUACAGAGAAAAUGUUAAUUCCUGCUCAAAAAUCAGAGAAAUUGAAAUAUUUCUUGGUAAAAAUUUGAAUGUUGAAGAACCAAUAUCUGAUUCAUUGUUUAUCAAGGACUUCAUUGAACCAACUGAGAUAGAGUUGACUAUUUAUCGCUCUCUUGAUAGCUCCAUAAGAGGCACUGAUAUUCUCAGUUAUGCUUUUUCGUGCAAUAAAUUUGCUGAUGAUGUCCAAGAACUGAAGAGGAGACUAGAAAAUUCUAUUAAAAGAAGAAUCACUGGUCAACCGGAUUUCUGCCAAAAUUGCAUAAAAAAGCAACAACCCUGUGAUCAUGCAGUUGUUGGUGUCUUAUUUUCUGGAGGUGUGGACUGUGCAGUAAUCGCUCUUCUUGCACAUAAAUUUGUUCCAAUCAAUAAGCCUAUAGAUUUGUUGAACGUAGCAUUUUCCAAGUACGAUUUCAAUACACCAGAUCGAAUUACUGGGCUGCAGACAUUGCGUGAAUUGGAAAAGUUAUGUCCAGAAAGAACAUGGAAAUUUGUGGAGAUAAACGUUAAAGAUGAGGAGUUGGAUAAGGAGAGAGAAAAGAGAAUAGCUGAUCUUAUAUAUCCUCUCAACACUAUUUUGGAUGACAGUUUAGGAUGUGCUCUCUGGUUUGCCAGUAGAGGGCAGAGUGAGGAUUAUACAUCUCCAAGUAGGAUUCUUCUUGUUGGGACAGGCGCUGAUGAGCUCUUUGGGGGCUACAGUCGCCACAGAGCAGCUUUCAGAAACGAGAGUUGGAUAGGAUUACAUAAAGUACUGAAAGAAGAUUGGGAAAAUCUGCCUUAUAGAAAUCUUGGAAGGGAUGAUAGAGUAGUCUCUGAUAAUGGACGUCAGCUGAGGACACCUUACCUGGAUGAAGAUGUUGUACAGUUUGUACAAAGCUUGAAUUGCUGGGAAAAGACAUUUCCAUCAAAAGAUGAUACUGGACCUAAAUUCCUUCUCAGAGGUUUGGCAUUUCAUUUGCAUUUAAAAAAUGCAGCAGUAUUGAAGAAGAGAGCUCUCCAAUUUGGUUCGAGGAUUGCCAACUCGAAGGAAAAUGCUCGUAAUGUUUCUCCUAGAUUGUAAUUCAUUUUUUUUAUGUUUAUUCAUUGCGUAUAAAAUAAAGUUUUUAUGGUUA